AUGAAGGAAUAUAAUUCAUGCUUUAUCUCAUGGUCUGUAAAUGCUGGGAAACAGUAUGAAGAAAACAAAAUGAGAUCUAUUCUAGCGAUCGGUGAAAAACUGCGUAGUAUGUCAGUAAAAACAAGAGUUCGUGGUAAAUUUUCAUCAGAUAUGAAUCCAUGUGUAUUUACUUUUUAUUUUCCACUGCUGAUGUUUAUACUGCAAUUGACAGAUUCAUUAAGAUGGAAAGUAGAACACAAAGUAACUGACUAUGGACAAAACUUAAUAUUGUUAUGUAGAGUGUCGAACUGUUGUAUGAAAGAUGCAGGAUGGUAUUUAUGGACUCCUACAAAACGCACAAUUCUUAAAGACGUAAAAACUGCUAGUAUAUCAGUCCCACAGAAGUAUUCGGGAUAUGUUCGAACAGAUGGUUUCAGUCUUAUUAUCAAUAAUCUUACACGAGCUGAUAUGAACGUUAGUUACUCUUGUGAUUAUGGAGUGCAGUUGGGAGAAAAAUUAGUUUUACACAAAGAUGAUGUUUUCAAAAAUGACCAAUCUAGACUUAGUAUCACUGAAUUCGUUCUGAUAAUUGCUGGAGGCUCUGUUCUGACCAUACUUCUGAUAGCAGUUGUCAUUUGUAUAUGUUGUAAAACACUAUCAUAUGAACAACUUGAAACAGACGAUCCCUUUAAAGAUGAUGAUUGA